AUGAGUGUCGUCCUUUUCCUCCUCCAUCUGUGUGCCUUCUUAAAAAUAGAAAGCAAAAGGGUCUCGAAGAGGAUCCUCAACGUGAAGGUGAUUCGUCGGGGGGGACCCUUUUUUGUGGGAACCAAGUCGCGUUAUAUGUUCAGGGUGAAAAGAAGCAAAAUGGCGCUGCACACCGUUGGGGGGGAGGCCAUCCCGGGCGAGUUAAGCGCUCUCAAGGAGGGACCUUCUCCAAGCGGUGCAGAUGAGGCGUCCGCGGUGGGUAGCCCUGCAAAGGAGGCCACCCCCCCAAGUGAUGCCGCCACGCAGAACCGCCCCAAACUGACAAACCUCCUCCUCAUCGUGGACUACGACGGCACGAACUACAGCGGGUGGACGGGCGUCGAAAACUGCAGCGACAUUUACCUGAGCGCAACGAGGAAUUACAAAAGGGCAGCCACCGAGAAGAAGCCAAAAGGAGAGUCCAAAUGUGACAGCGUGCAAAACGUCAUCCUGAAUUGCCUUCUGAAGAUCCAUGGCUAUGCAGAUCAAUGGGACAAACAUGCAAAUGAUGUGAAAUCCAAUUUGAAGGCCUUCGAAUUUAUAGGCGUAAGUAGAACGGACAAGGGGGUUCACGCCAAGGAGUAUGUGUGUCAAUACGUAUCCUAUGAGAGGCCCCCCCCGUGUGAGGGCAACUUGCAGAAGGUUAAAAUGGCUCUAAAUGGCCUACUAAAUAGGGACAUCCGAAUUCUGGGCGUGCUUAAUGCACCCUCCCACGACUUUAAUGUAAGGUUUAAUAAUUGGGGGAAAAUUUACACGUACAAUUUUGACACUCGGAUUCCGAGCCAGCCUUUGGAGAGGAACUACGCAUGGCAGCUGUAUGACGACCCGAGGUUUGCGUUUCUCCUUCGGGAGAGUGCCAAAACAGAAAAAAAUAAAAAAAAGGAGCAACGGGAGGGGGGCACCCGCUGCCAGGGUAGCAGCGUGAUGACGAACGAGCUGCCCGAUGUAGACCAAAAUUUGAGUUUCCUGUUUGGCGGCCACGCUGCGCCAGAUGGUCCAGCCGCCAGUGAAGCGGCCAUCUGUGACGAUCUCCACUGCGGGGAAGAAGCGGCCCAACCGCUGACCGAACUGCCAACCGAGCUGCCAACCCAACCGCCGCCCAAACCGCCGACCGAACUGCCGCCAAAACCACCGACCCCCGCGGACGUCUCCCACUGCGUGCGCAUAAUCAACCGCACGGGGGGAAGCAGCUCGGCCAUACCCUGCGACGUGGAGAAAAUCAAGGAGUGCUGCAAGCUGUUCUUAGGACGCCACAGCUUCGAACUCUUUCGCGGGACAUUGAAAGGGACAGAAAAGCAGAAGCAGGUGAACCCGUUUUGCAACAUCUCCUUUUUAGAGUUGCACCAAUUGAGAAGUAAUAUUUACCAGUUUGUCAUUCAGGGAGAUCGGUUCCUCUACCACAUGAUUAGGAUAAUCGUGGGGACUCUAGUUCAGGUGGGAGUCGGGCUGCUUUCCUACGAGGACGUGCGGGACGCCCUUCACUUUAGCAAGCCGCUCAAGGUGAAGCUGUGCGCCCCUGCGCAGGGCCUCUGCCUCACCAAGAUUUUGUUCCCCCCCGCUGUGCAGAGGGGGAUUUCCGCUUCGCUGCUGUCGCGAUAG